AUGGCAGCACCACCUACCCCACAAGAGGGAGCUUCACAAACACGACCACCACUGUUCAAUGGCAAAUAUUAUGGAUGGUGGAAAAAUCGUAUGAUGGACCAUCUUAUUGGUGAAAACCUUGAUCUAUGGGGAGUAAUUCUAGAUGGCCCAACCAUACCUAUGAAAACCGCAACUGAUGGAAUCACCAAAAUCCCAAAGGAAAGAAAUGAAUGGAAUGCUGAAGACAAGCUUGCAAUCCAAAACAAUGCCAAAGCCAAGAAAAUUUUGAUCUGUGGCAUAGGACCAGACGAAUACAAUCGAAUCUCGUCCUGUCAAGAUGCCAAAGCCAUAUGGGAAACACUACAAACCGCUCAUGAAGGAACAACACAAGUCAAGAAGUCCAAAAUUGAUAACUGGAACAGGCAAUAUGAGCUGUUCAGGAUGGCAGAAGGGGAGACUAUUCAAGACAUGCACACCAGGUUCACCUCCAUCAUCAAUGAGAUGUACUCCUUGGGAGAGAUAGUUCCUAAUGGAAAGGCAGUAAGGAAACUCUUGAGUGUCCUUCCUGAAACUUGGGAAAGUAAAGUCGAUGCUAUCACUGAAGCCCGCGACCUAGACUCACUGGCCAUGGAUGAGUUGAUUGAGCAGAAAAAGGCAAACUUUGAGAAGGGGCAAGACAUCAAGAAUGAUAAGUACAUUCCCACAAACAGAAGAAUGACCAAUCAAGAAGCGGAUCUUUCAACGAGAAGAGCCUUUGCCGCUAUGGGGGACUUAUCUGAAGAAGAAUUUGAGGAUGAAGGGUUCGAAAAUCAGUCACUACUUGCAAUAGAACAAUCAAAUAAAUAUGAUUUUCUUGCACUCAUUGCUGAAACAGAUUCUGGAGAUGAUAAAGAAGAUGAAAAUCAAAUAUUAAAAAUUGACAAGGGCUGGUUCUCUGUGAAUCAGCUUGAGAUUCAUUUGAUCUGGGAGAAUAUGAUGAUUCGACAUUCUUGUGAAGGCCUUGAAUAUGAAGAACUUGAGAAAAAUCAGUCAAAGCAUGGUGUUAUCGAAACAAGUUGA